ACACGGUUUACACUGAUUCAUGUCGGUGACAGCCAUUCCUCUUAGCUCCGCUCGCGGGUGCGGGCUCGAGCGACAAAAGAAGCGUACCACCGUGCGAGUGUAACGGAAUCGAGCUCACGCACCGUGCCUCCUGUCCAUGCUGAAAACGUGCGAGCGUUUGAGGAGGAAAACCUCAGCGACUGUGGCUCUACUCCAGAUCCAGGAAGAGGAGCCUGUUUGCAUUCCUCUACAGGUGAAACAAUGGAGGUGAAAAUGGAGCAGCAGGACGAAGACCUCACAUUCAGCAACACUGACACUAAUAGUAAACGCCCGGCUGAGGACAUGGAUGAGGAGCAGGCCUUCAAACGAUCACGCAACACAGAUGAGAUGGUGGAGCUGCGUGUGCUGCUUCAGAGCAAAAAUGCUGGUGCUGUCAUUGGAAAGGGUGGAAAGAACAUAAAAGCUCUACGCACUGACUACAAUGCCAGUGUAUCAGUCCCAGACAGCAGUGGCCCAGAGCGGAUUCUGAGUGUGAACGCCAGCAUCGACACUAUUGGAGAUAUUCUGCUGAAAAUCAUACCAACUCUAGAGGAGUACCAACAUUACAGCGGGAUUGACUUUGACUGUGAGCUUCGCCUGCUGAUCCAUCAGAGCCUGGCAGGGGGCAUCAUUGGGGUGAAAGGUGCCAAGAUAAAGGAGCUGAGAGAGAACACCCAGACCACCAUCAAGUUGUUCCAGGAAUGCUGUCCACACUCCACUGACAGGGUCGUCUUGGUGGGAGGAAAACCAGAACGCGUCAUUGAAUGUAUAAAAGUUAUCCUGGAGCUGGUGUCAGAGGCUCCAAUCAAAGGUCGUGCUCAGCCUUAUGACCCUAACUUCUAUGACGAGACAUAUGAUUAUGGAGGUUUCACUAUGUUAUUUGAGGAAAGAGGCAGACGACCCAUUGGUGGGUUCCCUAUUCGCGUGCGUGGAGGCUUUGAGCGAAUGCCCCCCGUUCGUGGCAGCAGACCCUUGCCUCCCUCCAGAAGGGACUACGACGACAUGAGCCCUCGUCGGGGUCCUCCACCACCUCUGAGCCGAGGUGGACGAGGCGGCAGCCGAGCUCGUAACCUGCCUCUUCCCCCGCCUCCACCACCAAGAGGAGGGGGAGACAGGUUUUCACAUGGCAGCUACCACAGCAGCAUGGACGACAGGCCAACCGACAGGAGGAGCCGAGGAGACCGUUAUGACAGCAUGAGCGGAGGCGGAUAUGACAACAAUUCUUCCUGGGAGCACUUUCAGUCUGGUGGCAGAGGGUCAUACAGUGAUAUUGGAGGCCCAGUCAUCACGACACAAGUCACCAUCCCAAAAGAUCUGGCUGGCUCUAUCAUUGGAAAGGGCGGCCAGAGGAUCAAGCAGAUCCGCCACGAGUCUGGGGCAUCCAUCAAGAUUGAUGAACCACUAGAGGGCUCUGAGGACCGCAUCAUCACCAUCACAGGAACACAGGACCAGAUCCAGAACGCCCAGUACCUGCUGCAGAACAGAUCAAAAUCAGCUCUAAAACUGAACACCGGCCUGUAAUUCUGUCCAGAGCUGAAAUAACCGCGUGAGGCAGUACUCUGGUCGGUUCUUCUAGAAAGAAGGAAGGGAAGAAGAAGAGUGAAGCCAUGCUGCUGUACGGUUUGCUCCUUCUAUUCAGAGCCUACUUCCCUCUGAUUUGGGUAGAAGCGCCUCCUCCCCUCACUACCACACACUACGCCACCUAUCUGUGCAUUGGAAACCUUAUUUAGAGGAGUUUUGAAAAAUCUUAAAGCUGUCAAACAGCGAACAAAAGGUCAACAACGUAUUUUUGUGCUGGUGUAAUUCUUUUUUGGGAGACUGUCGUGCUGUCAUUGGAGUAAACUCAUAUGUAUGAUAACUUUCGGUGUUGUGAGCCGCCCCCUGGCCCUUAUCUCCCUCAUUUCAGUACAGCAUGCAGAAUGUAAUCUUUUUUGUAAGGAACACUGUGUGAUUUUAGGUUGUUCCCUUUUCUUUUCUCAAAUGUUGAAGCACCCUCUCCAAAUGAAGAUGCAUGUUCUCAAGAAUGGGUAAAGAACCAUUUAAAUAAUCUUUAAUUUUUACACAACCCCCUUUUUCACUUUAAAAUGAAGUACUUUUUGUAAAAUGGGCUUUAAAGGAAAUGUUUGACAUUUUAGGAAAUGUGCUUAUUCUCUGGGGCAGGUUUUACAAAGAUAAAAUUUGUUCCUCUGGAUGCUACAGUCAUCCAUUUCACAAAGCUGCGCCUGCACAGAGGUUUCUGAAAACCUGUAUCGCUUGUCAACUACAUAAUUUAAUAAACAUUGCUGGUUAGCUGGGUUGAGAUCUGGCAGCUGCCGAACAUGUUCCACAUGAUUCACAUCAUUUUCAUAAACAUUCACUGAUCCUUGUUGCCUUAUGGACGUGUACAUUCUCAUCAUGUUUCUCUGCUCAUUGUUCAUCUUUUCCAUCAUCACAUUUAUAUCUAAAAAAAAUCACUUAUCAAAACUAGUACUGGUCGAUUACUGGGUGUCCGGGGAAGUAAUUAGUUCCCAAUUGCUCGAAUUUAUUCAUUCAGUGUGACUAUUCUUUCUGAGUUUACCAUUAUUUCUAUGUAAAUAUAAAUGUGUUUAGAAAUCUUAGAAAAAUAUGCUGCCUGAAAAUCUUUGGGUUUUGAUUUUUUCCCCCCACUAUUUUAGUAAUCCAUUGAUAGUUGUGUUUACAUUAAUGAUUACACUGCAAAUAAGAGCUGCUAAUAAUGUAUCUGGUAUUUAAUUACCAGAUUGUAGACUUAAAAAAAAAAGGCUUAAGUUGUAGCUCACUGUUUAACUUCUCACUAAAUCAGGCCCAUUUUUAUAAAGGUUGUUCAUCUGUUAGUAUAAAUAAAGACUAUUACUGUGUAAAUCCUUUAGUUAUAAUGAAAAUUAAUCCCAUGGGUUGAAUGGCUCGAAUGAAAAUUAAUAAUGUGGCUACUUUUAUGAUGACCGGGCAUUUUCAAGGCUCUGAUUUACAUGUUAAUCAUAAAACAAAAAAAACUAAUUGUCACUUAUACAACUUUAGUUUUGUAUGGAUUAUGUGUAUAACUGGUGAGGUACUGAGGUAUUAACUGUGUCUUGGACAGAACCAGUGCAGUAUUUCCCCUUUGUUUCCAGUCUCUAUGAGACCUAAACCUUUCUGCCACAAAACAAAUAAACAUCUUUCCCUAAAUGUCAAACCUUUGCUCUAAGUUAGAAUAAAUGUGCCAGUGUGAUACAGCGAAAAGGUUUUUUAAAAGAUUUUUUGCUUUUCAUUUGAAAGACAAGGAGCUGUAUAAAGUGUGUGUAUAUAUAUUUACAUAGAAACUGAUAAUUUCAUGAGUGCUUAGACAACUUUCUACUUUCAUGAAAGGACAUGGAGCCAAAAGACAGGUGUGGCUAUCUAGCUUUCUUUUUUCUUUUUCUCUCUUUAUUACUUGCUUUAUUUUCUACCGCUCUCCUGGAUGGACUCGCUGUAAUGCAACCUUAACAUCUGACCUGUUGGAUCCAUUAAUUCUUUACCUGAGUGUUUUUAAUUUGUAACCUUUUUCUUUUUUUGUAAUGUGUUUUGAAGGGAUCUAUUGAGAUGCAGUUGGGUGUGAGGGGUGUGAGUCCAUGAGUGGCGCUUUUUUUUUUCUGUGUGUGUGUGUGAUCAUAUCUAUUCCUGUGUCUGAUAUCUGUACCUGCAGGUGUUGAGUAAAUAAAGUCUGUGUUACACUUCA